AUGCAGGCUCUGCAGCCACGCUUGCGUGAGCAGGUUCUUCAAUACGGACAGCGACUCCCAGGAGUUCACGCCAAGCAGCCAAUCCGGCAUAUCGCCACUGUGAUCGACCUCGCCCAAGAUGACGCCGAAGAAAAAGAAGAGCCCGUUAACAGUAUCCCCGAUGAUGGCGUCCACAAGCCGCCAGCAAACUCGACCGACCCGGUGUGGGAGCUUAUCCACCGCUUGGAUACACCUUCUAUCUACAAGGACAAGACGUACACGCAUAUUUGUCUGCUUUGCGUGCAGACGAAGACGUGGCAGGACUCACUCUGCCGCGCUGGCAACGCAUCGAACGCUGAGACCCAUCUAGUGUCCAUUCAUAAGGACCAUGAGUUGACUAUCCAAGAGCAGCGACGCCGGCUAACCCGUGCAGACCGCUACAUGGUGCAGCAGAAAACGGGCCAUAUAGCACGGUGGCUGAUUCGUGAUGGGCAUGCGCACAACAUGGUGACGACUGCUGCUUUUCAUGAAAUGCUCGUCGGCAUUACGGGCAACCCGAAUGUCACUGUACUCUCCACCAAGAUGUAUAACGACAUUCUGGACAACCAUUUCGAGAAGUUUACAGCGGACGCAGCUGAGAUGUUCAUCGAAGAGUUUCAAGAGCUGGAUGAAACGCCGUUCAUGACGAACGAUGGACAUGAUUCCAAAGAAGUGGGCAAACUGAUGAAUAAUCAACUGGAGACACGCUACGAUCUGGAUGUGAACAAAACGGUUCGCUUCACGAUAUCGGACACUGCUCCAGGCGCGCGAAAAAUAUCGAGGCAAUUCGACUCGACCCUGCAGACGGACUCUGCGAUGCACGCACUCAAUCUCUGUAUUGGCUAUGGCAUCGGGUUGAAGGAGAAUGUGCGCAACGAGUACAAGAAUAACCCAAAGUCGGAGGCGUACGUCCAGACGCGGACUGUUGUGACAAAAGGUGGGGCAUUCCCAGAAGGUGGCAAUGUGAUUCGAAAACUACGUGCUCUGAACAACUUCUUUGCUUCGAGCAAGUCCCCGGAGCGUGUCGCCCGCCUCAAGGACGUCCAAAAGUUUCACAAGCUACCCCAGCUAGCAGCUUUGGUGAACAUCGACGUUCGCGUGGCGUCCACGAUUAAGUUGUUUCAGCGUUUGAUCAUCAACUUUUCUGCGUUCCAGGCAUUUUUCCAGAGCGCAAACGUGGCCAAGGACGAGAAGCAUGUCUUCAACCGAAUCACCGACGCAGAAUGGGCGUUAGUGAUUCAAAUGGAGGCGAUCAUGCACGUGGCAGAGUUAGCACUCGUGGAGGCUCAGUCGGCGUCCAUGCUUUCUUCGACUAUGUAUGUGCUGCUGUGUGUGGCUUCCGCUCGCAUGAACUCGUACAAGACUCUCGCUCAGCGAUGCAUCACGCGAACGCUUCACCAAAUUGCUGAGCGUCUCCCACAGCCGUCCGUGCCUAUGGCGGAGGCUGCCACGGACAAGAUAUUGGAGGAUGCGAAGGAGCUAAUGCGCGUUGAGCACCGGGUUUUCUUCAAGGGCCUGCAUGCACGUGACAAGGAAAACGUCCACAACGCAGCAGAGGCUAACAGUGGUUCAGACACUGAGACCGACUUGCUGUAUGGUGAAGAGGUAUCUCAGCCGUCUGAGGAGGCCAGUGCUGAUGCCACGAUCAACUCCAAGGCGAAUGCGUUGCUAGACCAGUGGUUUGACCUUCGAGUCGAUUGGGCUGAGGUGGCUAAAAGGCAGUAUCCCGCCAAAGACGAGUACGAUACCGUGCUGGCUAAGCUGAGCGUGCGCGACAAAAAACGAGGUGUUCGUGUGUGGAAUGUUGAGCAAGUAUGCAACAACAUUGACGUCUGA